AUGGAGAGCCAUAAGCAACCAACUCCACUAGGAAACAAUCCUACGAUCGCACAGAUGAAGUUUUUUAAUGAAGAAAAGGCAAAGCGAUUCAAAGCUCUUACCUGUCUUCAUAAUGCUGUUAGUGAAGACAUUUUCACAAGGAUCAUGGCGUGUAAAUCUGCCAAGGAAACAUGGGAUAAAUUAAAAGCAGAAUUUCAUGGUGAUGAGAAGUCAAGGAAGAUGCAGAUUUUAAAUCUUAGAAGGCAGUUUGAAGGUUUACAGAUGAAAGAAAAUGAAACCAUCAAAGACUUCUCUUCUCAAAUUUCAAAACUUGUGAAUCAAGUGAGACUUUUGGGAGAAGAUUUUCCAGAUUCAAGAAUAGUAGAGAAAGUUCUGGUAAGUCUACCAGAAAAAUUUGAACAUAAAAUUUGCUCUUUAGAAGAUUCUAAAGAUUUCUCUGAAAUGAACCUGCAAGAACUGGUAAAUGCAUUGCAAGCUGUGGAGCAAAGGCAAGCUUAUAGACAAGAAGGAUCAAGUGAAGAAGCUCUUGUUACAGUUUACAAGGAGAAGAGUCGGGAGAUGUGUAACACAGCAAAGGCAAACGACUCAUCAUGGCUCAUUGAUAGUGGCUGCACUAACCACAUGACAGCAGAUUUGAGCUUAUUCAGAGACUUGGAUAAAAGCUAUCUAUCUAGAGUCAGAAUUGGCAAUGGAGACUAUGUGAAGGUUGAAGGAAAAGGAGCAAUUGAAGUAGAAACAUUGUCAGAUAAAAAUAGAGUGCUACUACUUUCUGCAAAAAUGAUGAACAGAAGUUUUAAUGUUGAUUGGAGAGAAGUAUGUUUGAGUGCUAACACUUAUGAGAACAAUGAAUCUGUUCUUUGGCACAAACGGUUGGGGCACUUCAAUUAUGCAACUUUAAAGAGAAUGGGUGAUCUGCAGAUGACUCAUGGUUUACCAAAUAUACAAGAACAAAAGAGUAUUUGGCACAAACGAUUGGGGCACUUCAAUGAAUCUGUUCUUUGGCACAAACGGUUGGGGCACUUCAAUUAUGCAACUUUAAAGAGAAUGGGUGACCUGCAGAUGACUCACGGUUUACCAGAUAUACAGGAACAAUAG